GUCUUCAGCAGUGCAGCAACCAGUCAACCUGAUACAUAGCACGGGAAUCAGCGAAGAUGGCUUGUUCUGUUGAAGCCCGAGUUCAUUAGAGUUAUUAUUACAAAAACACAGAGUGCUUAAAAGAAGAGAAAACGACAGCCUGGGGCGGGAGUUGCAAUCAUGACAAUAUAGGAUUGUGAAGAUGGCGACUGGAACGGGCUGGCAUCAGUACUGCAGCAGUGCUGGAAAUUCUUCCACCGGAGCUGCGAAAUAUAAUUCUGCUACAACAUCAACAAUGUCCUACCAGACCGGGUUAAGCCUGGAAUACACCCCAGACCUUCAUCUGAAAAUGAGCAAGAAAAUAGCACAACUUACAAAGGUGAUCUAUGCUCUGAACACAAAGAAUGACGAGCAUGAAGCUGCCAUCCAAAUUCUGAAAGAGGCCCAUGAGGAGGAGCUCCAGCAGAUCCUGUCUGAGACCAGGGAGAAAAUCUUGCAGUACAAGAGCAAGGUCUGUGAUGAGGUGGACCUCAGGAGGCGCAUCCAGUCCCUGGAGGAGUCCUUGGAGCUUCAUGAACGCAUGAAGCGUCAGACCAUGGCUGAGUUUGAUACCUACCGGCACCGGGUGGAGGACAUGCAGUUGUGCACUGAAGCCCAGCACACUCAGCGUGUGGUAACCAUGUCCCGGGAAGUGGAGGAGAUGCGCCGCAGCUUCGAGGAGAAGUUGCGCUCCUUCACACAGGUGCAAGCACAAUUUGAGACAGACAAGCACCUGGCCUUGGAGGAACUGAGGUCAGUCCACCGCCAGGAGAUCCAGGAGCUGCUGAGGGGCCACCAGAGCCAGAACGCCAACUACAGCAAAGACCAGGAGAAGCUUGGGCAGCUGCACAAAACUGAGGUAGAUUCCCUGACCGAGCACGUCGAAGAGCUCAGGAUGGACAAGAAGAAGCUAGUGGAGGAAUAUGAGGCCAAGUUGACAAAAGCCCAGGCCUUCUAUGAGCGUGAGCUGGAGGCCAUGAAGAGGACCCAGCAGUUGACAUCCGAUAACCUGCUCGCCUGGAAGAAGACUGAGGCUGAGCUCAGAAAGGAGUUCCAGGCCCAGGAGGCGGCCCUGCAGAAGACACUUGGGAAGCUUCGCACCGAGCUAAAGGUGGUUCAGGAGGAGGCUCGUGAAUCCAGGGAGAAAUCUCAGAAACUUCAGUCCUCCCUGAAAACUGCAGAGAACAAUAUCAAGAGUCUCCAAAAGCAGCUAGAUGAAGCUACACAAGACACUGGGAUCUUGAUGAUCAGACAGAAAGAGAUGGAAUGUGAACUGGAAGCCACUCGAGACAGAGUACAGCAACAGGCCACAGAGAUUCUUCUGAAAGCCAGUCAUGUUGGAAGCCUUCAGGCUAUGCAGAUGACCCACGAAGCUGCAAUAAGGGACCUGGAAUCAGAGAAAUCCAGGUUAAAAGAUAAAUUGACACGCUUGGAAGAGGAGAGAAGUCUGCUGCAGAGCAAGUCACAGAGUAUGGACGAGAGUCAGAAGCAACAAAUUCUGGCAUUGGAGAAGGCUUUAAAAGAUGCAAAGCAAAGCUACGAGAAAGAGGUGGUGAACAUCCGUGCCAAAUAUGAAGAGGAAGCUGCUCUCUUCAAAGAGACUCAGGCUAAGGCACUAGAAGAGUUAUCUAAAAAACAUCGAGCCACUCUAGAGACCACACAGAGCAUGGGAGAGAAGGAAAGGAAGAUGCUACAAACAGAGCUGGAACAGCAGUUUGAGAAGGAGAGACUGUCUCUGGAAGAGCAGACAAAUCGACUCCGACAGCAGUUGGAAAACCUGAGGGAAGAGCUGACAGCCAAGCUCAGCACAGCCAAUCAGGAGGUGUCUCGUCUACAAGAGCUAGUGAUAAAGAGUGAGCAGGGGCUCGGCUCAGCUGAAGGACACAUAUCCAGCCUGAGGGAUGCCCAGGAAAAGCUGCAUAAUGAGCUGGACUCAACCAGAGCGAGGCUAAGAGAAACCAGUAACUCCUUAACAGCUCUGCAGGAUGAGAUGGAUAAACAAAGGCAACAGCACGAUGCAAGGCUAAUUUCAAUUAAAGAAGAAGAAAAGCUUAAAAUGGACAAAGUAGCACUGGAGCUGGAGUUGAAAUGGACAGAAGCUCUGAGACAAGAGUGUAAAAAAGUGCGUGAGGAGUUGCGAGAGGAGCAUGAAGAGGAUAAGAAGUCAGUCUUGACUCUGCUCUCCCAGCAGAAGGAGCAGGAGAUGAACUCAGCCAAGGAGAGCUGGCAGAAGAAGAUGGAGGACCUCCUUGACCAGCGGCACAAUCUUGGUGAAGCUUUACAUAAAUCAAUCAGUAAUAUCUCCUUACUGAAGCAGAGUCUGGAAAUGCAGCUUUCGCAGUCCCAGAAUUCCCUACACCAGCUGCAGGCUCAGUUCAACCAGGAGCGAGAGCACCUCAACCAGCAGAUCCAGGAGAUGGAGAGGGAGCAUCAGCACCGGGAGAGAUCCCUGGAAGAAGCCCACUGCAUUGACAUGCACAACAUGGAGGAGACCAAAGCACAAGAACUGCAGGAACUGGAAGAGAGAUUGAGACUGCAGCACUAUGAAGAAUGGCAGUGUCUGAGAGAGGCCCACAGGCAGAGCAUUGACACCCUGAAACAGCAAUCAGAGCAAGAGCUGCAGACACUCCGCUUCGAGCUGGAAGAUGAAGGCAAGGCAAUGCUUGCCUCUUUACGCUCAGAGUUGAACCAUCUGCACGCAUCUGCAAUAGACCACCUCAGACAGACCCAUCAGCAGGAAACGGCAGCUGCUAAGUUGGAACUAGAGAAUGCAUUGGAACAGAGCAGGCAGCAGGAGAAGGAGCUACUGGAUCGCAUCUCAGAAUUGCAGGAGGAAGUUAGAUGCAGAGAGAACCACAUCACCAAGCUGGAUGAAGAGAUCCAUUCUCUGCAGGAGAACAUCACCACCCUCACCAAGGAGCUGGAGUACAAGGGCAAGGAGGUUCUGAAAAUACGGAGCGAAGCCAACCAGCAGAUCAGGGUCCAUGAGCAAGAACUGAACAAGAAACAUGAGAAGGAACUGAAUGAGAUGACCACGGUCCACGUCAGGGAGACUCAGCAUAUGCUGUCAGAUUUCAACAAGGCUCAGGAGCUUCUGAGGGAUAAGAUCACAGCUUUACAGAUCUUGUUAGAGGGGACAGAGGAAAAGUUCAGAAACAGAGAGAGCCGAUCGGAAGAUCUACGGUUUAUUGCAGAGUUAAAGGACAUGGUGACUGAGAGGGAGUCACUUGUUAAGAAGCUUAUCGAUGAUAAGAAGUUUUAUCAGCUGGAGCUGGUGAACAGGGAGACUAACUUUAACAAAGUGUUUAAUGCAAGCCCCAAUGUUGGUGUUAUUAACCCACUGGUAAAGCAAAAGAAAAAGAAUGACAAAUCAGCAAACAGAUUCAUCAGUGCUCCAAAUCUCAGUGCCCUGGAACCAGCAGGAAUGGGGAAUGGGCCCCCUCAGCCUACCCGCCUAGAACCUAUUCCCAACUCCCCUAUUCACGACCUUGAGUUCAACAGUAGCAAACCUCUACCCCAACCAACACCACCGAAAGAGCCCAAGAAAUUUGUGAGCCCUCCUGAGAUAGAAGACCCGUCAGUUGACUCACCAGACCCACAGCCUCAAGAAUGGUUUGCAAGAUACUUCACGUUCUGAUACUAUGGAUGGGCUUUUGGACUCUGGUGUGUAGGACUUUGAAAGAGCAUGCCAAGACAAAUAUCUGUACUUCUAUACACAUCAUGAUUUAUGUUUAUUAAUUCACUGUGAAUGGAUUACUUGUUUGUACCGUGACAAUACAUCUUUUUGACUUUUAUGCAAUUUCUGAAGUCGUGCAUAUGCUACUAAAUAUUAUUUGUCUAAUGAUACUGUCUUUUAUCUGUACCUUAUUUUAGAAUGGCACAGUAUUGAAAGUUUGUUAAAGCUGCAUAAUAGAUUUUGGUAGAACUCAAUUGUUUGUAUGGUUGUCUGAACAUGGAUAUAACAGUGUCUCACCAAUUUUAAAAUAUUAUAUUUAUAUAAUAUAUUUAU